UUUCGUUACAUAGCUGUCGGCAACGAGCGUAUCCCCGGCGCUCAUCCGGAGAUCGUACUCCCUGCAAUGAAGAAUAUACAAAACGCCUUGCAGGCUGCCGAACUGCAAGGCAGGAUAAAGGUCUCAACUUCAGUAUCCACCGGCGUCUUCGGCACGUCCUACCCUCCCUCCGCCGGCGUUUUCUCCUCCGACGUCCACGACACUCUGCAACCCAUCGUCUCCUUCCUCGCCAGCAACGGUGCCCCCCUCCUCGCUAAUGUUUAUCCUUACUUCAGUUACCUCGGAAACCCCAACAUCAACCUCAACUACGCACUCUUCACUUCGCCGGGGACGGUGGUCACCGACGGGCCGUUGCAGUAUCAGAAUCUGUUUGAUGCGAUGGUGGACGCAUUUUUCUCGGCGCUGGAGAAGAUGGGCGGUGGCAAUGUCAAACUGGUGGUGUCGGAGACCGGCUGGCCGUCGGAUGGUGGCGGUGUGGCCACACAACAGAACGCGCAGACUUAUCUCUCAAAUCUGAUAAACCAUGUGAAUCAAGGGACGCCCAAGAAGCCGGGAGUGAACAUUGAGACCUACAUUUUCGCCAUUUUUGAUGAGAACAUGAAGCAGCCAGGGGGAACAGAGAACCAUUAUGGGCUGUUUAACGCCAACAAGAGCCCAAAAUAUUCUCUCCACUUCUGA